AGAAAAUUACAGACCAAUAUCACUGAUGAAUUUAGAUGCAGAAAUCCUCAACAAAAUACUAGCCACUUUUUUGCAACAGGUUUGCCACCAGGACACAGGUGUCAUGAAGACCACUGCUAACCCCAAGCAAAAAUGGGAAAGAAGACCCACAUCAACAUCAUUGUCAUUGAACAUGUAGAUUCGGGGAAGUGUACCACUACUGGCCACCUGAUCUACAAAUGUGGUGGGAUCGACAAGAGAACCAUUGAAAAAUUCAAGAAGGAGGCUGCCGAGAUGGGAAAGGGCUCCUUCAAGUAUGCCUGGGUCUUGGACAAACUGAAAGCUGAACGUGAGCAUGGUAUCACCAUUGAUAUCUCCUUGUGGAAAUUCGAGACCAGCAAGUACUAUGUGACCAUCAUUGAUGCCCCAGGACACAGAGACUUCAUCAAAAACAUGAUUACAGGCACAUGCCAGGCCGACUGUGCUGUCCUGAUUGUUGCUGCUGGUGUUGGUGAAUUUGAAGCAGGUAUCUCCAAGAAUGGGCAGACCUGUGAGCAUGCCCUUCUGGCUUACACUCUGGGUGUGAAACAACUAAUUGUUGGAGUUAACAAAAUGAAUUCCACUGAGCCACCCUACAGCCGGAAGAGAUAUGAGGAAAUUGUUAAAGAAGUCAGCAUCUACAUUAAGAAAACUGGGAAAAUUGGCUACAACCCUGACAUGGUAGCAUUUCUGCCAAUUUCUGGCUGGAAUGGUGACAACAUGCUGGAGCCAAGUGCUAACAUGCCUUGGUUCAAGGGAUGGAAAGUUACCUGUAAAGAUGGCAAUGCCAGUGGAAGCAUGCUGCUCGAAGCUCUGGAUUGCAUCCUGCCGCCAACUUGCCCAAUUGAUAAGCCCUUGCGUUUGCCCCUCCAGGACGUCUACAAAAUUGGUGGUAUUGCUACUGUCCGUGUGGGUCAAGUGGAGACUGGUGUUCUCAAACCUGGCAUGGUGGUCACCUUUGUGCCUGUCAAUGUAACAACUGAAGUGAAGUCUGUUGAAAUGCACCAUGAAGCUUUGAGUGAAGCUCUUCCUGGGGAUAAUGUAGGCUUCAAUGUCAAGAACAUGUCUGUCAAAGAUGUUUGUCAUGGCAAUGUGGCUGGUGACAGCAAAAAUGACCCACCAAUGGAAGCAGCUGGCUUCACAGCUCAGGUGAUUAUCUUGAACCAUCCAGGCCAAAUCAGUGCUGGGUAUGCACCUGUGCUGGAUUGUCACACAGCUCACAUUGCUUGCAAAUUUGCUGAGCUGAAGGAGAAGAUUGAUCAUUGUUCUGGGAAAAAGCUGGAAGAUGGCCCCAAAUUCUUGAAAUCUGGAGAUGCUGCCAUCAUUGAUAUGGUUCCUGGCAAGCCCAUGUGUGUUGAGAGAUUCUCUGACGAUCCUCCUCUGGGCUGUUCAUAA